AUGCACGCCGGUCGAAUCGCAGUCGGGCCUACGAUCUCGGACGAGGCGGUCAUCGCUUGCGUAACGUUCACUGCGCGGUUUCGCCGACCGGGAAGAAUGGAGUAUGGGCGGCCACCCCGCCGGACGACGCAGCCCUUUGCCGUCGACUUCUUGUACCCGGCGUCGGCAAAACCCAAGGACGACCGCGACGAAGAUGCUGCCCGCAAGACCAAGCCCCGGCCACACACGAGCGUGCGACGCUCUAUGCAAGAGCCGCGACAGCGACCUGCGGAUGUCUCUCUGACGCCUAGCCUUCGUUCCAACAACCACGAGGACGAGACGGCGCCUGUCGCGCGGCUCAAGCCCCGCCCGAGCACAGCAGCCGCGUCGAUCCCGCGACUUGAGAGCGAGAGUCGCCCGCAACGGACCGAGACCCUGAGCGCGUACCUGCAGCAGCUGCAAGCCGACAUUCGCUGCGUGUACCAGCUGCUCGGUAACCCGGACGCGCUCUCGAGCGGGCAUGCGCAUCUGCUCUUGAAGCGCCGGGACCACCUCGCGGUGCCCGACGACGUGGCCGCCAAGCUCGCGCGGUGCGACGGCCUCGACGAGAGUACAAAGCACGCGCUGGAGACGAUGCUCUCGGACGGCCUCCUCCUCGUCAUGAACAGCUCGCUCCUCGACGCUGACGCCAAAGGCCGAGGAGCGGUGGAGACGCAUCAUCCGAGCGCGUCGACGCCAGCGACCCUCUACUUUGAGAGCUUCCUCGCUUUUGCGCGCCGGGUCCAGGCGCUCAAGACAAAAGCCCUCGCAGACGACGCCGAGAAGCACGUGCUCCUGACGACGUUGCGCGCCAAAGACGCAACCAUUGCGACCCUCGAGCACGAAAUCGUGCUCUUCAAAGACACCCUUGCCACGGUCGCAAAGGAGAAGGAUGCGUCGGGUGCUGGCUGGGCAGUCUUGCAAGAGGCGUUCAAGCGUGGCGCCCAGCGCAGCGCCGACGAGGCGGCCAAGCUCGACGCCCUUCAAUCCGCCUACGAUAGUCUCGUGGCGGCCCACGAAGCGCUCCAAGCGGACAAGACCACCUUGCGCAAGGACCUCGACGCGUUGAAAACAGCGCACGCCGACGUCGUCGCGCGGCUGAACGACCAGCUUGUGGCGGCCAACGAACGAGCAAGCCGUGCAGAGACAUCUCUCCACGCCCUCGAGCAGACACAAGCGGAGCUGCGGAGAAAGCUGGAGUGCGCAAUGGGCGAGGAAGAGACUACUCGCACAGCUAGCCAAGCGCAACUUUCGUCGCUCAAAGCCGAGCUGGCGCAAGCGAAGAAGGCGGCGCGGACGCUCACCGCGCAGAUCGAAGCCAACGCGGCUACUGCUGCCACACAACGCGCGGCCGCCGUCGCCCAAGCAACGUCCAACCUCCAAAAAGCCCAAGCGACCCGCCUCGACGACGUGCGCGCCGAGUGGUCGGCCGAGUGCUCGGCCAUCCAGGCCCUUCACGCCCGAGAGCUGCGUACGCUGGAGGCAGCGCACGCCAAGAACAUUGAUGCGAUGGCCGUGCGGCACCGCGAGAUGGAAGCCCAGCUCGCAGCCGCGGCCAAGCAAGCAGCUCUGGUCCACGACGAGGCGCUGGCCACGUGGCGGCAAAAGCACGAGCGCCAGGCUCACGAAGCCAACGCGCUCCAACAUCAGCUUGAGGCGAUGCGGCGCGAGCUCGUGGCGCUGCAAGUGUCGACGUCCGAGAGCACCGUGAGGGCCCACGUGCACCACGAAGUCGAAGGCGUCUACUUGGCCAAAGUCGCAGCCUUAGAGGCCGCUCUCGCUCAAGCCAUGGCCGCGUGCCAGGCCGCGCAAGACCAAGGCGACCUCGCGCUCGCCCACGAGAAGGAGCUGCACGCCCACGCGUUGGCGAAUGCAAAAGCGGUGUCGGACGAGCUCGAGACAGCCAACUUGUGCUUGGCCGAGCGCAAGCGGCAGCGCGACGCCGACCAGCUCGCGUUUGAGGAGCGGGAGGCGCGCGCAGCACGCAACAUUGCGCAAUUGACGCAGGAAGUCACGUUGCUGCGCAGCCACGUCGACGACAAGGCGCACGCGGUGUGGAAGCAGCGGCUCGCCGAGGCGGACGCGACGGCCGCGCAGUGGCGCACCAAGUACGAGGACGCGGCGAAAGCACUGCAGGUUGCGCAGGCGAGCGCUGAAAUCACCAGCUUCCACAAGCGCGAGAUGGACGGCGCGAUGCGCGAGCGAGACGAGGCGCUGGACCACCUCGUGCGCGUCUCCAAAGAGCGCGACGGUGCAGGAGCGACGGUCGUGACCCUUCGGAACCAAAUCGACACGCUCACCACGGCGCUGCACGAAGCCCGCACGACGGCCCACCGACUGCGGUCCGAGCUCUCGGGCCUGGAGCACUUGCUGACGCAGGAGAAGCGAGCACACGACCAGCAGCAGCGCGACCUCGAUGUCGAGACGCAGCGCAUCAUGGAGGACAAGCAGCUUUUGAAGCAAGUGGUCGCAGCCAUGACCGAGCGCUUGGCCCUGGGCGUGCGCGCGGAAGACGCGACCAAGUGGGCAGGCGUGGUUGACGCGUGCGCGGCCGUCGACUGGCAGCUUCGGCACAUGAAGGACCGCCUCGAGGAGCUUGCAGGCGUCAAGCCGCGGCGACCGACGACCCCGUUCUCAGAUGCGAUCGCGGCGGGGCAGAGAACUGCGCCGGUCGUCCAGCAGCUGCAGACGGCUGUGCCCGAUACGGACACGUACGCCAUGGCGCUAACACGGGAGAUGCAAGCGAUGAAGGCUACGUACGAAGCGCGGAUCCGGGACCUGCAAGACGAGCUCAAGGCGGUUCGGACCGACCGCGCCCGAAACGAGCUCCAAGAAGAGAAAGCGCGCUACGUUGCCGCUAUGGUCCAGUGGACCGACAAGAAUGCAGCGCUGGAAGCCAAAGCCGACGAGUUGGAGCGCCGGUUGCAGCUAGGACGGCGAUAG